GUCAUUGCCAGAUAGCGUUUAUUCUCCCCGAAUAAAAACACGUAAAAACUUGAAUAACGCGAAGGUUGUAGUUUGUUUAAAAGCCGACAAGGUAUUAGAAGAUAGAGCUGAAGGUAAGAAAAACACUGGACCCUGGGCCAUGUAAGUUAUAUCGAGGCCCACGUUGAGAUUAAGCAAACAUGGCGGAUAGUGCCAGUGAGAGUGACUCAAGUUCCAUCGAUGGAGGUCCAAUAAUGAUGCCACCGUCCCCCGUAACCCGGGAACAGUUACAAAAAAGAAUAGAGUCGUUGCAGCAGCAGAACAGAGUGCUUAAAGUGGAAUUGGAGACCUAUAAAUUAAGAGUGAAGGCGUUGCAAGAAGAGAACAGAGGACUGCGGCAAGCAUCUGUGAUAAUCCAAGCUAAAGCAGAACAAGAGGAAGAAUUCAUUAGUAACACGCUUUUGAAAAAGAUUCAGGCCCUGAAGAAGGAGAAAGAGACUUUGGCGCAUCAUUAUGAACAAGAAGAAGAGUGUCUUACGAAUGACCUGUCAAGAAAGCUCAACCAGUUACGGCAAGAGAAAUGUCGACUGGAACAGACUCUGGAACAAGAACAGGAAUGUUUGGUUAAUAAGCUUAUGAGAAAAAUUGAAAAAUUGGAAGCAGAAACUCUUGCAAAACAAAGCAACUUAGAACAGCUAAGACGAGAAAAGGUUGAAUUAGAGAAUACCUUGGAGCAAGAACAAGAGGCACUGGUUAAUAAACUGUGGAAGCGAAUGGACAAGCUUGAAGCUGAAAAGAGGAUGUUGCAGAUAAAACUGGACCAGCCAGUAUCAGAUCCUGCAUCACCUCGAGAAAUAAGCAACGGUGAUCCAGCUGCAAAUCUGAGCACCCAUAUACAAACUCUACGUAGUGAGGUGGCACGACUGCGGAAUCAGCUGGCCAUAGCACAGCAGGAGAACACCGAAAAAAUGCAGCGGUAUGUAAAUGAAGAAAAGAGCAUCCGUGAAGAGAACCUAAGACUACAGCGGAAGCUGCAGUUGGAAGUGGAGAGGAGAGAAGCGUUAUGUCGGCAUCUUUCAGAAUCGGAGAGCAGUCUAGAGAUGGAGGAGGAGCGGCACUACAACGAGAUCGCUAUGUCAGGAGGCAACGUGCGGUCACGCACCGUGUCCAGUCCUGUACCGUACACACCCUCGCCGAGCUCGUCACGCCCACUCAGUCCAGGUGUGACAAGUUUGGUGGGGUCUCGAAAUGACAAUUCCUUUGGAGGCACUUCAACUACAGGAUCCACUCCCGCAGGGCGAUGCUGCUACGUGUGCGGCCAGCCCACAUUUGCUCCAUUACCUGUCUGCUCAACAGGUGUCAUAGCCUCAUCCACGCCCCUUGUACCCCAGGCUGGACGGAGGCCUUCUGAACGGUUUAUAAAACCUGCUGUGCCAGUCCCGACUGUGCCAACAGUAGCUGUUGGUGGUCCAGCUCCCACUCCAAUUCCGUUGCAGGCACAACAAGCACAGAAUCAAGCACAGCAACCUCCACGCAACUCAUCACCACUGCCUAUGGAGUUGGGAAAGAGUUAGUGUUGGUCCUUACAACACACUUCGAAUGCUGAGGCCAAUACAUUAUUGUCUCUCUUUUUUUCAUGUUAAGAGGUUUUCCAGCCAAAAAAUAGUAAUCCUAUUGUUGUAGCUGAUUUCUCAGUUGCAGUUGGUUUUCCUAUAAAGUUAUUGGUGUAACGUUGUUUGGUAAUAAUGGGAUGUGUAACAUAUCCGCAUUCUGUGUACGAGAAGGAAAUUUCUUUGAGGAAUGCAUUGUGGAAAGUUUUCCCAGUUUCUCAUGUUAAAUUUUCUUGAUUUACUGCUGUUACAAUAUGAAAUUUUUAGAUAUAAGGCAAAAAUAUGUUCCCCUCUGCUUCUUAACCAUUGAGUGCAGCAUUUGAUGAAAAGAUGUUUGAAAUGUCUUUCCAGCUCUACUGUUACUUGUUGGAAACUAGCUUCUUUCUGUGUAAGGACUUGGUGAUGUGUUCAGAGUUUUACAUCAGGUCUCUGUUCCUAACAUUACCUGGCCCACUGAGUGUAACAUUUUACUAAAGUGAGAAAGUGUCAAAAUGGAUGUAUGCGUGGGUGCAUGUGUGUGCUAUAAUCUUGUUUUUGCUGCAUAUAAACUGAUGCUAGCUUGAGUUGUCUUCACACUAAACCUGUAGCAAGAAGAUGGCUUUGAACAGUUGUGUGCUUUACAUUGUAUUUGAAGCGUGUGACGCCAGAUAGCAACUGAGCUGGGACUUUGGGAUAACCCCCUUUUUUUUCUUUGUAAAUUGGCUUUAAUGCACUGAUACAGUGAGAGUUGCUUGGGUUUUUUUUUAAUAACAGAAAAACAGAAAUUAUUUGGCGAUAAUUCUGUUUUUGUUUUACUGGAUUGUGAUGCAUCAUUUUGACUGAUAAAACUUGUGAUUUGCAUGUGUAUUGUGUGGAUGUGUGUGAAAUUUAUGUUACAUACUAAUUUAAGAAUGUAGCAGAGUAAGCUUUAAAAGGCCAUUGUAUUUUUUUAGCCAUAUUCAGAAAGAUCUGAUGAAAGUUUAUAGGGAGGGAUUGUGGGCUUGUUUAUUGUUGUACUGCUAAAACCUAUUUCUCUUGGGGUGCUGUGUCCUUUUGCAGUAGGUGGCAAAUCGAACAGGGUGUGAAAUUUUAUGCUAAAUACUUAUCGAUGUUUAAGUCUCCUUCCCAAGAAGCGAUGUUUUUUUUCACAUUCCAAAAUGUAAAGAACUUGAACUAUGUGUUGUCAAAUGUUGUUCCUUUUAAAGGGAACAGUUGUAAUAUGAUUGGAUCUUUAUUUUGAUGUUAAUUGUCAUUUAUAAAAACUGUGAAAAGAAUUAUGUAUGUGUGAAUAUAUAACCUGUACUUGCACAUUUAUUUUUCUAAACUUUGUUUCUCCUCUUCAGGUGUUUGACACAUGUAUGAAUUUUUGGCAAUUAUUGCUGUAUACUACUGGAUAUAAUCCCUAGUCAUAAUUUUUUGAGAUUAUUGAAUUCCAGUUGGAGUCAUAUCUGCAAAACAUUGAAUUAUUUGGUAACCAGUACUUUAUUUGCAUUUGUUUACAAUUGUAAUUGCUUUAGCCCUCAACUGAAAAUGUUAACCCACAUAUUGCUGUUGGUAAAAUAUGUUUAU